AAGUGCCCAACCUCCUAUAUAAAGGUGCCGCUCGCAGCUCACAGCUAGACACUCGUCUUCGCUAUGUCUGCUACGCGUGCUCUUCUAGGGGGCUGCUGUCGGGUCACCCGGGCCACCGGGAGGAGGCUGGCGGGCAGCCCUGGAACUCCACUCAGGGACAAGGCUGGCUGGCUGCGUUCCCUUUCGGCUCGUUACUCUAGCGGCCCGGAGGACAGGGACAUGAGGAGGUAUCUGAGUGCGCACUACAACGAGACGAAGAGGAGCAUCGACGAGAUUAUCCCUUCUAUUUCAAGUAACAUGCUGAAUCCCAAAGCUAUAUUUUCUAACAAUGAGAUGAGCCUAGAAGACAUUGAGAUUUAUGGCUUUGAUUAUGAUUAUACUUUAGCUUUCUACUCUAAAGAUCUUCACAAUUUGAUUUUCAACACUGCACGUGAUCUUCUGAUCAAUGAGCAUCGGUAUCCAAAUGAAUUGAGAAGAUAUGAGUAUGAUCCUGACUUUGCAAUUCGGGGUCUUCAUUACGAUGUUCAUAAGGCUCUUUUAAUGAAGAUUGAUUCCUUCCAUUAUAUUCAGCUGGGAGCAGUGUAUAGAGGAUUUGAAGUUGUACAAGACUCUGAGGUCAUUGAAAUGUACCAAGGUUCCCAUGUGCCACUGGAACAGAUGAGUGACUUUUAUGGAAAGAGCUCCGAAGGAAACACCUUGAAGCAGUUCAUGGAUAUAUUCUCUUUACCAGAGAUGACUUUGUUGUCCUGUGUCAAUGAUUAUUUCCUGAAAAACAACAUUGACUAUGAGCCUGUGCAUUUGUAUAAAGAUGUAAAGGAUGCGAUUCGAGAUGUCCAUGUGAAAGGACUGAUGUAUCGAGCUGUGGAGGCGGACAUUGAAAGGUAUAUCUGCUAUGGAGAGAAAACACGAGCAGUAUUGGCAAAGUUGGCAAAUCACGGCAAAAAGAUGUUCCUCAUAACAAACAGCCCCAGCAGCUUUGUAGACAAAGGAAUGAAUUUCAUUGUGGGAAAAGACUGGAGAGAUCUUUUUGAUGUUGUUAUUGUUCAAGCCGACAAGCCAAAUUUCUUCAAUGACAAAAGAAGACCAUUCCGUAAGGUUACAAAUCGAGGUGUUUUACUAUGGGAUAAGAUUAACCAACUAGAAAAAGGCAUGAUUUACAAGCAGGGCAACCUGUUUGAAUUUUUAAAGCUCACUGGCUGGCGAGGAUCGAAAGUGUUAUACUUUGGUGAUCAUAUAUACAGUGAUCUGGCAGACCUAACAUUAAAGCAUGGAUGGAGAACUGGUGCAAUUAUUCCUGAGCUGAAAUAUGAACUUACCAUCAUGAACACGUCUCAGUAUAUUCAGACUAUGGCUUGGCUUCAGGGUUUAACUGGUUUACUUGAACGGAUGCAGGUUUACAGAGAUCCUGAGUCCCAAAUGGUCUUACAUGACUGGAUAAAAGAAAGGCAAGAGUUGAGGGACAAGGCACGAAGAAUCUUUAACCCUCGCUUUGGUAGUAUAUUUCGGACUGAUCAUAAUCCGACCUAUUUCUUGAGGCGUCUCUCUCGGUUUGCUGAUAUUUACAUGGAAUCCUUAAGCUGCUUACUGAACUAUAAUGUGCAUCACACUUUUUAUCCUAAAAGAACACCACUUCAGCAUGAAGUUCCUGUGUGGUCGGAUCAGCAGUACCCUGGUACAUUUGGAAUCCCUUUCUUACAGGAAAUUGCUCACCUGAAGUGACUCCCAUUCGCUUAAUCUCAGUCAUACACCUUUUUGCAUUAAAAGGAAGAUGGGUUGAAUGUAGCUUUUAUAAGUGAUUUAAUGUGGUCAACUGUUCGUAACACUCUAUUGUACCAGCUUUUAUGGAGUGCAUAGUGCCACUGAACAUGAAUGCUGACCGACCCAAAGCAGCAUUGUUUUUUAUGUUUGUUUCUAGAGCCAUAGCUCUCAUAAUUCUCUUCAUGAUGCAGCUAUUUGUACAAUUGUAGAUUGAGUUCAUGUAGUAGGAAAUGUAUUUUAUUGACAUUUUGUUUUAUUAUGGUUGAUUUUGUAUUUGCUUACACUUCUAGAAGGGAAUAGUCUGCUAAGUAAAGCAUGUUGUAUGGACUUCAUCCAUAAAGAUAUGUAGCCAUAAGGUGGCUUGCCUUCAAGUGGCCAUUCAUUCACUUUCAUUACCUGUUGACCGAGUAUUCGCUUGGCUGGCAGCUGUCUCUCCUGAUCUCUCUGUUCACUUGAAUUGAACAUUAAGGUGUACUCAAUGGACAGAGGAGGGGUAAGUCCCUCCCAGACUUCUGUGGUGGAGGCUCAUUUCUUUGAAAACAAAAGCGUCUGACAGUUGAGAUCCAUUAUGCUUGAUCCUUCAUUCCCAACAUCAUCUGUUUGGGGAAGGGGAGUCGGGAGGCCCCUAAUACUUUGAACAGUCUUCCGGUAGCUACAAAGUCAGUGAGCUUGGUCUACUUGACAAAAAUAUAUUCGGACCUUUUAACUGCAUCACUGUACACUGUUCCCACACAUCCAGCCCACAGUGUGCGUGUG